AUGAUCAAUCAAGCCCAUAAUCUAAAAUUUCUAUUCCGUCCCCCUUUUCAGUUGGAGUUACACAGGAGAGGUCCAUUGGGGGCACUAGUUACUGGUUGGGUUACAUUGGUCCAUAGGCGCGCGAAUAGGGUCUUACCAGUCUAUUCUUUGGGUUGCCUUCAGAAAGUGCUGAUUUCUCCUCUUCUGACUGCCCUUCUUCAGGCACAACCAUACCUUCUGGCAAUGAAAUUGGAUUUAUCCCCGCUCGAUUUCUUUCUUGCGGAAGAAGAUCGUACUAAGUUCCUUUCCCCAUUCUUGGGUGGAUUAGAAGCAUUAGAAGAUCUUCCCCAUCCCUAUUGGAAUGAAUGCUUGAAUAGUCCUUUCCCCUUUGGCCAAGCUAGUAAAGUAUCUCAUUCUAUCAUUUCUUACUUGACUUUUUUGACUGUAGCGGUUACAGCUAGACUACUUUGCUCAGCCACUCCUUGCUUCAUUUUUGAAUGGAAAAGAAAGGCUAUUUUCAGUUACGGACUUAGGGACCCGGGUCAAAAAGAUGUCUUUCGCCCUGAGAUAGAUUUCUUUCUCGGAUCCGCUAUAUAUUAUACAUUGGUUCAAGAAGGGCCUUCCAAACUGGAUCAUCCCACUCACUGUCUGUGGGGUAGGAGGUUGUCACCGACAGAGCGCAAUUACACCAUAACUGAAAGAGAAGGACUCACAUGGUACAUUCUGUACAGAAGUUUCGACAUUAGCUAUUAG